AUGGCGCAACCAAAACGCCAUGACCAGGAAGAGGAGGUCGUCCCGGCAAUUCGCCACGAAGACGCCGAAUGGAAGAUCAUCCAACAAAACACAUUCACCAGAUGGGUCAACAAUCACCUUCAGAAAGCCGGAGAGUCCAUUGGAAGUUUGGAAACAGAGUUCUCUGAUGGACUCAAACUGAUCGCGUUGGCUCAGGUGCUCUCUCACAAGACCGUCGGAAAAUUCAAUAAAAAAGUGGCGUUCCGCUCGCAAAAGUUGGAGAAUGUCUCGUUGGCGUUGAACUUCUUCCAGAACGAGGAGAAUAUCAAGAUUAUUAAUAUUGACAGUACCCACAUUGUCGAUCACAACAAGAAGUUGAUCCUCGGUCUCGUCUGGACCCUCAUCCUCCAUUACUCAAUCUCGAUGGGAUGGAUUCAGGAGAAGCGAGAGGACGGUCAACAGGAGGAGACGCCGAAACAGAAACUGCUCAACUGGAUUCGCAAUCGUCUUCCGGGUCUUCCAAUCUCCAAUUUCACUUCGGAUUGGAAUGAUGGAGUUGCUCUCGGAGCGUUGGUCAACUCGAUGGCUCCAGGAGCACUCGAGGACUGGGAGAAUUGGUCUCCGAAUGAGGCGUUGGAGAACACCGAGAAGGCGAUGAAGUCAGCACAAGAUCUGCUGAAAGUGGCUCCCCUCAUUGCUCCAGCUGAGAUGAUUCAUCCAGAGAUAGAUGAAAUGUCUGUCAUGACAUAUCUCUCACAGUUCCCAGCCACGAAACCAGUGAUUGUGAAGCCAAAAGUCAAUGCGACAGUCUCGAAUCUUGAGAAGACUCUCAUCAUCAAUGAGCCAAAGGAGUUUGAUCUGAAACUCUCGAGAGAUGGAUACAAGCCGAAGAUCGCGAUUCGAGAUGCCGAUGGACAUGAAAUUCAUCUCACCGUGAAGAGAGUCGAGGACAAGGACGACGCCUACAAGGUCAAAUUCACACCGACGAAGGUUGGGCCCAUUCAAUUGGAAAUCGGAGCAACUGACAUUCACACUUUCGAGACGCAAGCGAUUCCAGAGGCCUGCACCACUUGUCAGGUUGUCCCAAUCGCACGCCUUCUCGAAUAUCAGAAGACCGCAAAAGUUGGCGAAUCGAUCAAAUUCACAGUUGUCGAUGCAAUCGAAGGGCCAGUCGAAGCGAUCAUAGUGGAUCCUAAUGGAAAAGAACAUCGAAUGGCGAUUCUGGAGAGUUCACAACCAGGAGAGCACUCAUUCGAGUACACAAUUCCAGUCAUCGGUCUCCACUCAGUCAAUGUCUUCCACAGAAAGCUCCCAAUCACGGGAUCUCCAUUUCCACUCCGCGGAAAACCGAAGAACGCUUUCAAGAUCUGGGGAAGAGGAAUCGCGCCAGAUGGAGUCAGAAAGAAUGACGUUGUUGGAGUACACGUGGAGUCGAUGGAUCCAGAUGAGAGCAUCUCCAACGCCAAUGUCUCGUUGGAAGUUGCGAAGAAGGAUGGAAAACAUCUCCCGAUUUCUGUUGGAUACGACGAGGAAGCUCAGACACUUCAUUUUGAAUACGAGCCGAAGGAAGCGCCAGAGGAGUUGGAAGUGAUUGUAAAAGUCGCUGGAGACGUUGUGGAAUCCCAUAAGGUUCAUGUCGCUCCGAAGAGCACAUCGAAAAUCAGAGCAUUCGGUCCAGGACUCGAAGGAGGAAUUGUCAAUGAGCCAUGUGUGUUCGAUGUGGAGAUGAACGGAGAGUCGGCUGACUUGUCGUUCGCAGUUGAAGGACCAUCGAAGGCAGAAAUCGGGUGCAACGAAAGACCAGAUGGCUCUGCAGUCCUUUCCUACACACCAACAGCUCCGGGAGUCUACAAGGUUGGAGUGCUCGCCAAUGGAGAACAUAUCCAAGACUCGCCAUUCGUUCUCCGUGUCACCGAAGCCGUUCCAGGAUUGAAGCCGAGUGCAACGCGAGUAACAGGAAUCGAUGAGAACAAGGUCUACUCUGUCGGCGAGAAGAUUCCAUUCCGUGUCGACACCAGACUCUGUGGUGUAGAUUUGGUUCCGAAAGUGGAGAUUCUAGAUCCAACACUCAACAAGAUCUCAUAUGGAGCCAGAGAGAUCACACCAGGAAUCUUUGAAUACACUCUCAUCCCAGAACACGCUCAAAAGCAUAAGAUUGAUGUCAGUGUGGGCGGAGUCUCUGUGCCAGGAGCCCCUUUCUCCAUCAAGGUCAAAGAAGCCACAGAUGCCUCUAAGCUGAGAAUCUACGGACCAGGAGUCGAGGGACCAGUCUACUCAAAGGAACCAACUCGUUUCACAAUUGAUGCCACACAGGCGGGACCGGGAGCUGUUGAAGUCGCACUUGCAGACGAUCACGGAGAGAAGGUCGACUUGGAUGUGUUGGAUAACCAAGAUGGAUCCUUCACGGUCAAAUACACCGCACAAAGACCAGGAGCAUAUCAGCUCAAUGUGGUGUUCGCUGGAGAGGAGAUUUCGCCAAUCGCAAUCAAUGUGAAGCCAAAUGUGGAUGUAUCUGGAAUUCGUGUAGAUGGUCUCGAGAACGCCAUUGUCACUGUAAAUGUGGAAAAAGAGAUCCACGUCUUCACAACUGACGGAGAGAACACACGGAUUGUCAUCACAUCUCCUUCGGGAAGAGUCGUUGAGGCUAUCAUUGAAUCCACGCCGACAGGAUUCAGAGUACGAUUUACACCGUCGGAAGUUGGAAAUUAUACGAUUGAUGUGACUUAUCAGGAUAUUCCGAUCGAGAAAUCUCCUUUCACACUUCUAUCCGUAGAUCCCAGUCAACCUGGGUCUUCUGGAGCCGAAGACGUUGAUUUGAAACAAGAUCCAGGAGAAUCCACGUUGGCUGAAGCUGAAUACGUUGUUUGUGGCUCUGGACCACCACGUGCCGAUCUGGUUACAGUAUCCGGACCCGGUCUGGGGCCAUUGGUAGCUCAAAGAUCUACUUUUGUGCUCAUAGACACUACGAAUGCAGGAUUCGGUGAUAUUGAUGUAUAUGUCGAUGGACCCACAAGGACACCACUUCAUUGUGUUGAUAAUCAAGAUGGAAUAUUGAAAAUGUGCUUCACUCCGAAACAACCGGGACUUUACUACCUCAGAGUCAUGUUUGACAAUGAGCAUGUCCCUGGGAGCCCGAUGCAAAUCGUUGCGGUGGCUGCGUUACUUGGGAGCCCGUCACUUCUUGGAGCGGAUCAACGGAGCAAAACGGAGAGCCCGUACUCGUCGAUAUCCAGUGGAUCGUCAAGCACGCCGAAUCCCAAUCCUCAAGCUUCCGAUUUCCAGUCAUGUAGACAUUUUUGCAAUCACCCAACUUCUUUACUUUCAGAGAGCAUCUUGAUCGGUUCACGUCUCCGUCCAGUCAUCAACGUCGGAAAGUUGGAGCCAAAAGGAAAAGGACUUCAAUUGUUGGAUUACCACAACGGAAAGCUCUACAACAUUCCACUGAGAAUCAAUCCAGAUGGAACAUAUUCCACAGAUACUCCACUUAUGGACGUCGGAGAGCACAAACUACAACUCCUUUUCGACGAGAUACCAGUGGAGGAGGCAACAGUUGAAGUGAAGAAAGGAACCGAUGUGAGCAAGUGUCGAGCUUUCGGACCUGGGCUCGAGUCAGCCGUCGUCGGAGAGAAGGCUCAAUUCGAAUUGGAUUUGGAUGGAGCAGGAGAAGGCGCGUUGAGUAUGGAGAUGAGAGGACCGGCGAAGGCGGAGUCUCGAAUUCAAGACAAAGGAAACGGGAAGUGCAGUGUGGAAUACGUGGCGAAGGCACCGGGAGAGUACGAGAUGACGAUCAAAUUCGGAAAAGAUGAGAAGAAAGAGCACGUGAAGGGAAGUCCAUUCAAGGCGAGAGUCGACUACAAGAAGGACCCGACUCAAGUGGCUGUGAUUGGUUUGGAUGAGCCAGCGUAUCGACUCAAACAGCCAAUCAACUUCAUCAUCGACACCACCAAGACAAAGGAUCUUCCAGUCACCGCGAAGAUUGCCAAUGAAUAUGGACAGCACCAGCCGAUUGUCACAAGAUCCACUACGAAUCCACGUCACUACAAUGUCAGAUUCAUGCCGACUGGAUCACAGCAUACUUCCAUUCCAGUCACUAUCUUUUAUGAUGGAGAGAAGGUUGGAGAAAAGGCGAUCAAAGUGAUCCCAGAGAUGGAGCCGCAGCUGAUCAAAAUUCUUCACGACAAGAAGAAGGAAAAUCAACCGAUCACCACAUUCGCCUCUCACGAAGGACACGUUCCAUUCGACGUCCGUGAAUGUGGAAAUGUCAAGAAAAUCGAGGCGCGCGUCUUCGGACCAGACGGCAAGGAGCGAGUCAGCCACGUGAGAAGUACCGAGUCAGCUGGUGUCUACGACGUCCACUUCCCAACCGAUAUGGCCGGUGAAUACAGUGUCGUGUUCUAUUUGAAUGGAGAGGAAGUGGCGAUGAAGGUGCCAGUGAUUGCGGAAAAGAUUGGAAAGAAGGAGGACGUUAGAAAGGAUGAUCUCUUCAUGCAUCCAGAAGUUGCAGAGAAUCAACCCACCACUCUCACUUACAACCAUCCGAUUGAGACGAAAAAGAAGCAAACCCAGAAGCCACAUGCAUCGAUUCGUGUACUCGCUGCUCGUCCGGAUGCUGUUCGAUUGGAACACAUUCAGGAAAUCAUUGACAAUGGACACCGAGUUGCCGAUCGUAUUGUGUUCACACCGACAAAGUUGGGAGCGAAUAUGUUGGAUGUGUUCUACGGUGGAGAACAAGUGGAUCAUGUCGAAUAUGAGGCCUACGGACAGCUCGAGUUUGAGCGAAUCCAAGCGGAACGUGCGAAAGUCGUUGUCGAACGAGAGGACGACGUCGACAAGUACGAGAAGAAGUAUCAGGACAGGUCUCGUGGCGCUGCGCCGAGUAGAGAAGAUAAGGAACAGUUGGCAGCACAAUAUCAAGAGCCACUGGCAGCCGGAAAAGACAAGAAGAACAAAAAGAAGGAACAACAACAACAACCACUUGUUCCCGCUCAAGAAAUCGAACAGAAGCCGUUGGAAAAAUUCUUCACUUUCCAGUUCAACGUCCGAGACCUUGGUUGCCGUGCCGAAGAGCUUGAAGCGAUCGUCAUGCCACCAGCACAAAAGAAGGAAGUCGCCGAGAUUGUCGACAAUCAUGAUGGAACAAUUCUCGUGAAGUACACUCCUAAAGUACACGGAUCUCAUGAGCUGUCGAUCCUCCAGAACGGAGCUCAACUCCAAGGAACACCAAUCAAAUUCUACGUCGAUGCUUAUGGAGAUGGAUGGGCCACUGUCUAUGGACCAGGACUUCAGAAUGCGAUUGUCGGAGAGCCAGCGACGUUCACCGUGUGUGCAAAAGGAUCCCAAGCAAAGGAGCUGUCAGUCAGCAUCGAGGGACCAGCCAAAUCCCAAAUCAAGAUUCAUGACAACAAGGACGGAACAUGUUCGGCCGCAUGGGUGCCACCAGUUCCAGGAGAGUACAAAGUACACGUAAAGUUGGGAGGAAAUGCAGUCCGAGACUCGCCGUUCCGAGUUCUUGUUAUGGGAGAGGGACAGAAGCGCUCUCAUCUCUCCGUCGGAUCAACUUCAGAAGUCGCCCUCCCGAUCACUCAACUCGAGUUGAAAGGAAUCUCCGCAUCAAUCAAGUCACCAGCUGGAAUCGAGGAGCCAUGCUUCGUUCGUCUUUUGGAUGGAGGUCGUCUUGGUGUCUCAUUCACUCCUCGUGAAUCUGGAGAGCACUUGAUCACUGUGAAGAGAGAUGGAAAGUUGGUUCCAAAGGCACCAUUCAAGAUCAAGGUGGACAAGUCGCAAGUCGGAGAUGCGUCGAAAGUCGAGGUCACUGGAGCUGGAAAGGCUAAGGGAAUCACUCUCCAGCCGAAUGAACUUCUUGUGGAUACGUCGAAAGCCGGAUACGGAGGUCUCUCGGUGUCUGUGCAAGGACCAUCGAAGGCCGAGUUGACUUGUAAGGAAGUCAAGUCUGGACUCAUCAAGGUUCUCUACACUCCAACUGAACCAGGAGUCUAUGCUAUUGCCAUCAAGUUCGCCGAUCAUCACGUCAAGGACUCUCCGUUGACUGUUCAAUGCACUGGAAAAUCGGCUGGUCGUGUGAUCCAGACGAUUCAGAAAGGAGUCGAGCAGCAUGGAAUCUGUCUUCCGGAUCAAGAAUCUCUCUUGUUCUUGAAGCUGUUGAACACUUCACCAAUGGACAUCACCGCCAGAUUGAUGGAUCCGAAAGGACACACAGAUGAUAUUGAGAUGAGAGAUUUGGGACAACAGUACUAUCAAUUGAAAUUCACUCCCAAAUUGGAGGGAAUCCACACGCUCUCUGUCAUGUACAAGGAGGCUCAUGUGAAUGGAUCGCCGUUCCAGUUCACUGUUGGAUCGUUCACCGAAGGUGGAGCUCACAAGAUCCGAGCAGCCGGUCAAGGAGUCGUCCGUGGAGAGACAGGAACACUCAAUGCCUUCAACAUCUACCAUCGUGAAGCUGGAGCCGGUGCCCUCGCUGUUUCGAUCGAAGGACCAUCCAAGGCUACUCUUGAAUUCAAGGACCACAAAGACGGAAACUGUCAUGUCGACUACAAGGUUGCGACUCCAGGAGAGUACGUCGUGGCGGUCAAGUUCAACGACCAACACAUCCCAGACUCGCCAUUCAAAGUAUUCGUCGCUCCAGCCACCGGAGAAGUCAGAAAGUUGGAAUUGGCUCAGUUCCACGAUCAAGGAAUCCCAGCUGGAAAAGCAUUCACAUUCACCGUCCUCACUCAUCGUGCCAAAGGACACUUGGAGGCGAAGGUCGUUGCUCCAAACAACGAGGUCGACACGAUCGAUAUUGUCCCGAUUGAAGACGGAGAGAGUUAUGCGAUGAGAUUUGUGCCAAAGGAGACAGGAAACCACUUCAUUCACGUCACUCUCGAUGGAGCACCAAUGCGUGAUUCGCCAUUUAGACUUCGUGUCGGUGGAAAGGAUCUUUGUGAUCCAACUGCUAUCUUCGCAUCGGGAGAUGGACUUGUCAAGGGAACCACCGGACAGAAGUGUGAAUUUGUCAUCAAUACAGCCAAUGCUGGUGCCGGAAUUCUUACUGUUCAAAUGGACGGACCAUCGAAAGCCACUUUGGAUGCUUAUGAACUCGAGAAAGGAUACAAAGUCAGAUACACUCCACUCGCUCCAGGAUCCUACUUCGCUUCCAUCAAAUACAACGGAAUUCACGCUCCGGGAUCACCAUUCAAAAUUCCGGUCGAAGGAAAAGAGUUGGGUGGAAAUGGUUACAACGAGACGAGUCAUGUCAAGAUUGACGCUGUUGCCAAGACAUCGAAGGGUACUGUCGCUGUGGUGCCAGAGUAUCAAGGAGACGCUGCCAAGGUCACCGCUAAGGGUGCCGGUCUCAACAAGUUCUUCCCCGGUCGUCCAGCCGCAUUCCAAAUCGACACGGGACUCGCCGGCACAAAUCUCCUGAUGGUUGGAGUUGUCACAACGAAAGGACCAUGCGAAGAAGUUGUCGUACGUCAUCAAGGAUCCGGACACUAUGUAUGCUCCUACCGUAUCCCGGACAGAGUCAAAGGAUUCGUGUUCAUCAAGUACGGAGACAAGGAAAUCCCCGGAUCACCAUUCGCCAUUGAGCCAUAA